CGCCCCUUCCACAUUCCUGCCCCGCCGGCCCCGCGGCCGCAGCUCGGCUCGCGCCGGCCCUGCCUCCGCCGCCCCGCGAUGAAGGCGGCCCAGGCCGCGGGCGAGGAGGCGCCGCCCGGCGCGCAGCCGGUCAAGGUGGUCCUGGUGGGCGACGGCGGCUGCGGGAAGACGUCGCUGCUGAUGGUCUUCGCGGAGGGGGCCUUCCCCGAGAGCUACACCCCCACGGUGUUCGAGAAGCUCGCCAUGAACCUGCAAGUGAAGGGCAAACCCGUGCACCUCCAAAUCUGGGACACAGCAGGGCAAGUCGACUACGACCGCCUGCGGCCCCUGUUCUACCCUGAUGCCAGCGUCCUGCUGCUCUGCUUUGAUGUCACCAGCCCACACAGCUUUGACAACAUCUCUAACCGGUGGUACCCAGAGGUGAAUCACUUCUGCAAGGAGGUGCCCAUCGUCGUCGUGGGCUGCAAGACGGACCUGCGCAAGGACACGUCACUGGUGAAGAAGCUGCGGAAACAUGGGUUGGAACCUGUGACCUACCACAGGCUUAGUAUCUGGACCCUCUCUGGUUUCUUGGUCCUCUGUGGAGCCUUGCUGGGAAGCAGCAUCCCUUUCUCUGUGGAAGUCAGACCACCCACUGGACUAACUGGAUGCUCAUCCUCUCCUGACUCUGGCAGAAAGAAGCAGAACUUCAAUUUAAUAACCUUGCCUCAUGCCUACCCUGGAGAAUCUCGAGAUGAAAGCAAGCUUGGGCGGGGUAGUCCAAAGUAUCUCCAGAAGAGCACCCCGUGAGGCUCAGCUCUUUCUAUCCAGUGCAACACCUCACCACCCAAAAAGCCACAGCAUCACCCCAGGCACAGCUAAGCUGGGAAGGCUCAGGGCUUCGUCCCAGGAAUUGAUGUCCUCACACUUGUCACAAGACCGUGGGCUCCCAGGCCCUGGCUACGCCCCGGAGAGCACACUGCUGCUAGCCUGUUGCCUGAAACUCAACAUCCUCAUGCACAACGUUGAUCAAAGAGGACAGCAGACAUCUGGGUGAUGGGGCAUGGGGGCAUUUUCUAGCUGAUAACUGUAGCACGUGUGUUAACUGCAACCUGCUGAACCUUGUACGAGAGAGGAGGGGGAAGAGGGGUGGGCAGUUGUGACUGCUGGGCCUGGAGGAGACAGGAGCCUUUAGCCUGGGCACUGAGUGGACGGGAGCCGGGAGCUGGCAGGCAAGAGGGAGGGAGGGGAGUGUGGAGGGGGUGGAUGUGGGAGCAGGGUCUGCUUUUCCAAAGGAGGAUUCAGACCUCACUGCCCUCCUACUUCCUGGGUCUUCCUCCGCUCCCAGGCUGCUGUCACACACUGCAUGGCAGCUGUCACCUGCCUCUGCUGUUGUUGUGGCCUUUUUGAUCUCCUCCACUGGACUGUGGUUCUGUUUGAAAGAAAGGCGGGCAGGGUCUUCCUCAGCCUUUGCAAACCUAGCACUUGCUGGUGCCUGCCAGUGACACCAGGUUGGGGUCCUCAGCCAUGUCAUGUGACGUGUCUCAUCCCCAAGCCUGCAGCCUUGCCUGGCACCCGGGGAAAACCGUGCUUCUGCACUCCACCCAUGUCUGGCCAUCCUUCUGCAGCCAUCUAAGCAGCCACCUGCCCUCUGAGAACUUCAUUGUAUGUCACUUGUCAUUCAACACACAUGGCCAUCUGUGUGUUAACAGAGAAGGAACACGCUCGCUUGUAUGUUUAAAUAAUCUUUCCGCAGAGGCUGGGAACACAGGCCUGGGAACCAUGCUACCUGGGUUCAAACCCUAGUGCUGCCUGUUCAAGCCACAUGACCUUGGGUAAGACCCUUAACCACCUGGGACUUUUCCCUCAGUCUCUGAAGUAGGGUAAUCAUUACACCUCCUCAUGGGGAGUUUAGGAUCCGUGUGAAGAGCUGGGACAGGGUUGGGCCCUCAAUAAAAGCGAAUGGUUGGACUUCCUAGGUGGUGCAGUGGUUAAGAAUCCGCCUACCAAUGUAGGCGACACAGGUUCGAUUCCUGCCCCAAGAAGAUACCACAUGCCACAGAGCAACUAAGCCCGUGUGCUGCAACUAUUGAGCCUGCACUCUAGAGCCUGUGAGCCACAACUAUUGAGCCUGUGUGCCGCAACUAUGGAAGCCCAUGCGCCUAGAACCUGUUCUUUGCACACAGCAACGAAGAGUAGUCCCCACUAGCUGCAACUAGAGAAAGCCUGCGUGCAGCAACACAGCCAAUAAAUAAACCAAUAAAUUUAUUUUUUUAAAAAGCAAAUGGCUUAGAGAGUAUCUCUGGCAGCAGGUAGAGACCCGGCUGGUGGCUGUGGGGCCCCCUGGGAGCAGGAGGUCCGGUGAGAUGCUGCUACCCUCGGGCCUCCACUCACCUGUCUCCUUCCUCUUGCCACGCCCCCAGAGCCCAGCAGGCUGCCUUCAGGCAGGCCGGCUCCUCUUGGAGGAGCACAGAAGGUUCCCCCCCCAAAUGACCUUCCUUUACCGCAUCUGCAGAUUUGAAUUCAAAAUCCAUCAUACCUUGUGAAGGCUGUUGCUCAAAUCUGAUGAAAUUUUCUUUGGGGAAUUGACAGUGCUCUUCUAGUGCUCGCUGCCCCUAUCCUAGUUCUCUCUUCUCUCAAAGAACCCACAGAGCUUCCUCGCCACUGCAUUCUGCAGCCCUAAGUGUGGUGGCCCACCCAUGGCCCUUUGGCAGGCCCCAUUCUGUGUCUCUGUCCCGGGGCUGCUCAGGCUGCUAACUGCACAUGGGCCAGGCAGUGAAAGUGCCAGGGGCCCAGGGCCUCUGGAGGCAGCCCUCAAGCAAUGACAGAGGGUAGCUGGUGGAUAAAUGACACUUUGAGGCCUGUGCUGCACCGUCUCCCACAGGCCCCAGCCGGGCUGAGCUCAGUGGCCCUCUGCAGUAGUUUUGAUGAUGUGCCCUCUGUCAGCCUUAUUUCCCUGCUCUCCUGUCUGUGCUUCCCAGACCACUUCCCAAAUAAACUUACACUUGUGUCUUUGUCUCAGGGUUUGCUUCCAGGUGAACUCAAACUAAGACACACUCACUUGCUUCCAUGAAGACCAGGGCCUCCUGUGUUUGUCUACCUGUCCUCAGAACCUAGCACAUAGCAUCUGGCAUUUAGGAGACUAAAGAGGUGAACUGUGGUCCUUCCAAAUUCUUGCACAGGCUCCACGUCUGCAGAGGAAUCCGACAGCACUCUCAACCUUUAAUUAACAGGACUGAACUCUCAGAUUGUCAGAGUUCUUGGUUGCAAACAACAGAAACUGACUCCAGCUAACCAAAGUGGAGAAGAAUUUAAGGGCAGCGUGUAUGUGCAAGUGUGGAGGUGGAGGUUGGGGUGAGGUAGCUCCCAGAAUUGAUGAGGGGCUGGGGGACCAGGUUUUGGUUGGUGGGGAGCCAGGGAGCUCUGUGGCCCCACUGCUAGUGACUUAGUAGGAAUAGGCUGCCAGGUAGGCGUGACCUCCACUUUCCCCCGCAUCCUAAGGUCUCCUGCUUGGGUGUCAGCAUCCUACCAGAGAGGGUCUGCUGGGUCAAACCUAUGCCACGAGCCACCCCCAGCGGCACCAGGUGAGGGGAGGAGGGGCUGGCCCUUUCAGCUUCCACAGAGGGAAGAUGCCAGCACUCUCCUUGAAGACCACCAAGGGGGAAUCUCCGGGAGAGUGACUGGGGUACCUGUAGGAACAGCCCCUUUGUAUAGGGUUGGGUGGAGACCACGAGAGAAUGCAGUGUUCAUUAGCUUUGCUUCACUCCUUCUCUCCCACUCAUGCAGCGAAGCUUGGCGCAUACAGGUUCCACCACCCUCCUCACUCGUGCCCUCUGCCGAGCACUGGUCUUUUUCUGCCGCAUUUUGACUUCUCUUCCCAUUUGUCGGUCACCUUCUCACUCUAGUCUCUGACCAUCAACCCUGCUCAUUACUAUCUCCUCCCCCAGGUGUCCAGCCUCCAGCAAUGAAUGGCCUGCUGGGUGCCUGGUGCUGCUUUUCUCAGCUCUUGCCUGGAGCAUACGGUACACGUCUCUCUAGAGCCUUCUGUGGCUGUCAGUGACCAAUCCGUUCCCACCCAGGGUUAACUCGCCACCAGCUCCUUCUCCCUGGGCCCUCUUGCUUCCUCUUCCUCUUCCAACUCCACCCACUGGCUGGGUCUUCCUGGCAAAGUGACUCAACAUCCCCUGCCUCCCACCAUUUCAUCCCAUUUGAGUUACUUCUGAUGGUUGAUAGUUUACUUUUACAAAUUCCACCUCUUUCCUGGCAAUCCCUCUCGUCGGCCCGUGUCCUCAGCCACUAUGCGGUGGCCCGCUCUCACGUUAUCUUCACGAGCAUUUACUGAGUGAGAAGAUGGCUAUUUUCAAGGCCUGAUUCCAGACACAGUGGAGGAAACAAGCACACGUUAAGCCUUCAGAUGGCUUCCUCCCCCAGAGGGAGAAUAAGAUAUACUAGGGAUUUUUAACUGCAAGAGGGCUUGUGGUAAGUGCCAAACCAGGUGGGUAGGCGCUGCGGGAAUUCACAGGGGGCAGCAGGGAAGGCAUGGUACACGGGUUUGGGGACAGAGAAGGGCAUGGGGAGGAGGAAGCAUAGCCGAAGCCUGUUUGGAAGGGAGGAUCAGGUAGGAGACCUCGUUCCUCAUGGGAGAGUCUGGGCAGGGGAAGCUCCAGCAGUGAAGUUGCUGGCCAGGUGGUGCGGGAAGGUUGGGGCAAAAACUCCUGUUUAUCUGUCAGCUGGGGCCACCCGGCCCCCGCUUUGGAUUCUCAGCUCUCCUUUCUGUGUGGUGCACCUGCUGGGUUCUCACCGACCUCUGGCAUGACUAGUGGUCACAGGAAGUGGGCUUGGGCUUCCCGCUGUCCCUGGCACUGCUCCUCCCUCCAAGGAAGCUAAGAGUAGUAAGAUGUGGCUUCUGUCAGAGAGAAAGGGGCUGGAAUUCAAAGCCUACCUCAACUACACUUCCUUCUCCACCUCGAGACUACUGUUCCAAGGGUUUUCAAGUGUCAACUCCCUCAACCUCUUGCAUUCACGCCCUCCAAAUCACGUCCCUCACUACCUCUCUCCAGGGUCAGAGGAAGGCGUGUCUUCUCUCAGCUGGAGCUCAUCUGGGGGCCAGUCUGCCACCCUGACUGUCCCACACUGAGCAUCUCCUGCCCUUAUCCCUUAUUUCCAGGUUCCGCUUCUAAGCCCUUUAUCUCUCCUGACACCUUCUUGUACGCCACACACAAGCUUGUUUCUCCCCAUCUGCUCUUCUCUUCACAGCCGUGUUCCUUUGAAAGAAGGGUGUAGGCGCCCCAUCUCUUCUUACUUUCCAAUCAUUCUCACCUGAUUGCAUUCUGACUCCGCCACCCCCAACUGCACUGACACUGCUGGCAAAGGUGAUGUCAUAGCGGCUCCCCCUCCAGGGAUGGUCUUCCAGCUUCAUCUCACCCCAACCCCUCCCUCCUGCCUGACACUCUCCUCCACGCUGCUUUUGUUCUCUGUGUCCUACCUCUCUGGUCUUUCCUUCUCAGCUGUUUUCACAGGCUCCUUUUCCUCUGUGGGUCACUGCCUACAUCCAUUCAUUCUUCAAGCAGUAACUGAGCGCCAACAGUGGGCCGGGCACAUUCCUCCCUGAUGUGGCCCUGGGACUCUGGCCUCCUUCUACACUUUCCAUGGGCCUUCUUGUCCACCCCAUGGUUUUAACCUGGUGCUUCUGAUU